AUGGAGGCCGUCCCUCCUGCCAGAUCCAGCCUCUUGGGGAUUCUGAUGCAGGUCGUGAGGCUCUCAGUGCUGCUGGUCCAGAACCGUGUUCACCUGUACAGCUUCCUUCUGCUGAAGAUCAGCCUCUUCCGGCACUGGGUGUCGGGACUGGCCCAGGAGGCCCGGGGCUCCUGCAGCCCGCAGGCCCACGCACCCACGGGAAUUGCCAGCUGCCCCCUGGUCCGGGCUCUGCGGGCAGGACAGGCACUGCUGUGGGUCCCGAUGUGGCUGCUGCUGUGGGGACCCAGGCUGGUGUGUGAGGCAGUGCUGGACAGUGCCCGGACCCUGGGCCUGGCCCUGCAGCGCCUUGGUGCCGGCAUGUGGCUGGGGCUGUCCGUGGACACCUGGGGGCAGCUGUUCCUGUCGUGCCUGCACAGCCUCAUGCUGGCGGCCCUGCUGCUGCUGCUGCUCACCUGGAGGCUGUUCCAGAAGGCUCACCGCUUCAGCCUGGGCUGGCUGCCCAGCCAGAACUGUGCGGUGCUGGAGCUGAGGCGCCUGUACAGGUGGGUGGAGAGCACCGUGGCCCUCACCUCCUGGCACCUGGCUUAUCUUGUCACCUGGACCACCUGCCUCGCCUCCUACCUGCUGCAGGCUGCCUUUGAGCACAUGGCCCAGCUGGCGGAAGCUCAGGGGGCUGAACCCCAGGAGGCCCCAGGACCCUUGCCUGAGUCCAAGCUCCAUGAGCCCUCCACCCGCAAGGCGGGCCCAGUCCUGCCAGAGCCUGGAGCCCCUGGAGAAUAA